UCUGAUUUUUUUAUCUAAAUUAAAGCAUUUGUUACACAUGCAUGAACUUGUCGAAAGGAUAUCUUAAUUUAUUUAUUAAAAAAAAAAUCAUUAAAAAUGUAUUUUUUUCGUAUUCCGUUCAAUUGGAGUUGAAACAAUUGUAGGGAGGUGCUGACAGAUCUUGAAGUAUCAAAUCCUUAAUUAAAUAUAAGAUUAGGUAAAACUUAAGAGAUUAGGUAAUUUAUUUGAUUUGUAAAAACAUUUAGUGUAAUUAAAUCUCACCAUCUUCUUUAUUAGCUCAUCAAAUAAUAUCCGAGAGGAAAACAACCAACGAUGUUACAAUGACCUGUCUUUGUAACAGUACUCUCUCUUUCUCUUUCUUGGUCUUUGUUUCUCCUCUUUCUCUUAGUACAACUCUCUCUCUCUCUGUAGUACAAAAAUACGACAAAAACAAAAGAAACCAGCUUUUGUCCUUCACCUAUAUAUAUAUUAUACAUGGAAAUGAAAGAUUCUCCAUUUACAUUUUCUUUCUUCUUAUUACCCAUGUCUCGUUUUUUCCUCACUCUUGCUCUCUUGCUCUCUCUCCUCCUCCUCGCCACCGCACACGGCGGUGGUAGCAAUGAUGAUGAUGCUGAUGCUGGGUAUCCUGUCAAUCUAAGAGCAAAGCCUUUAAUCUUGGUGAAAAUAUGGUGUUUGAUAUUAGUGUUUGUUGGGACUUUUAUUGCUGGUGUGUCCCCUUAUUUUAUGAAAUGGAAUGAAGGUUUUUUGGUGCUUGGAACUCAGUUUGCUGGCGGUGUGUUUCUGGGUACUGCCUUGAUGCAUUUUCUAAAUGAUGCAAAUGAAACUUUCCAGGAAUUGACCAGUAAAGAAUACCCUUUUGCUUUUAUGUUGGCUAGUGCUGGCUAUUUGUUCACCAUGCUUGCUGAUUGUGUUAUUUCUUAUGUUUAUGGGAAAGGAAGCAGCAACCGGGGUAGUGGAGAUUUAGAGCUUCAAGCAGAGAGUGUGGAGCAUGUAAAAACAAGUCACCAUGACACUUCAGAGUCACAAGUUCAGGCUGCCUCUGCAGAUUCCAAACUUUCAACUCUCAGCUCAUUUGGGGACAGCAUUUUGCUAAUAGUCGCUUUGUGUUUCCACUCCAUCUUUGAGGGCAUUGCAAUCGGAGUGGCAGAGACUAAAGCCGAUGCCUGGAAAGCGUUAUGGACUAUCACUCUGCACAAGAUAUUUGCAGCCAUUGCAAUGGGAAUAGCUCUUCUCAGAAUGAUCCCUGAUCGCCCAUUCUUGUCGUGUGUUGCCUAUGCUUUUGCAUUUGCCAUUUCGAGUCCAGUUGGUGUGGCUAUUGGGAUUGUUAUAGAUGCUACAACUCAAGGUGCUGUGGCUGACUGGAUCUAUGCCAUAUCAAUGGGACUGGCAUGUGGAGUAUUCAUCUAUGUAGCAAUCAAUCAUCUUCUAUCAAAGGGCUAUAUGCCACAAAUUUCGAUCUCUGUCAACACGCCGUUUCACAGAUUCUUGGCAGUGUUGUUGGGCAUUGGGAUAAUUGCUGUUGUAAUGAUAUGGGACACCUGAAGAAAGACAUGGGGAGACAAGAAAAGUUUUCUUGGUUUCCGUUGAGAGCUGCAUCUGUCUGCUUUACAGAAGGUCAUAGAAUUGGUCUCAAGAUAUAGUUCAGAAAUUUGUGUUAAUUCAGGAAUUUCAAGAUCUCUUUCAGCAGACAAGAAAGGGCUAUAGGGUUUUUUUUGAACAUGUAGCAGAGCUCCAGAAUAUACAAUGCCAUAAAGCCUCUGAAAUCGAAUGAAACCUCUUCAAACAGAAAACACUAUUGCUUAACAGAGAAAAGCUACAAACAAUGCAGUACCAACUUUCUUA